GUUGAAAGUAGCAAGUUAUACGGAAAAAAAUGUGUUCGAUAAUAUUAUUUGGUAUUUUUUUGUGUGCUUUAGUAUUUGACUGUGCUCUAGGGAUAACUACUGGAGUCACAUCAACUGGCGACACCUUUAUAUGCCUUCCGAACGGAACACCCUGCCCAACGGUUGGAUUCGGAGGCCAAAACAUGAUACAUCCAAGAAUAGUCAUUCCAGUAAGCCAAAAGAUUACUAAAAUGGAAAUUAAAAUGAAGAAAAAAUUGGCAAACAUUAAUGAACUAUGUCCAAAUGGAUUCUUUCCAUGUUAUGGCAUCGAAACCCAAUGUGGAGAAAUAUUUGUGGAAGGAAACACUUCAAAUGAUGGUAAUGCUGUUGAUGGUGCGCACCCUUGGCAAGCAUUCAUCAAAAAUCUUACACAUGCUUUUGCUGGUAGUGGAGCCCUCUUGGACCCAUUUCAUGUGCUUACUGCUGCCCAUAAGGUCGAAAGCAACCAGGGAACUCCAGAAGAAGUAAUCGUUUAUAUGGGUGUGUGGGAUCCUACAGAUUUAGAAAACACACAAAGCUCUCCGGUAAAAGAAAUUUUAGUACAUCCUUCUUACAAUAAGGAAUCACUACUGAACGAUAUAGCCAUCUUAAGGCUCGAGUACCCUAUAAUUUUUGGUAUCCAGAAUAAUAUCAAUACAAUUUGUGUACCGGAGUUUGAAUCUAGUUUUAUAGGAACCAAAUGUAUGGUUUCAGGCUGGGGACAAUCCUCCUUUACCACUUUAGAUGCUCCCACAAACCCACAGAAACAAGUAUCAGUUUCUGUGGUUGAUCCACAAACUUGUAGAGAAUCAUUCGCCAGGCCCAGCCUUCUGGGGGGUUACGUGGAUAUGUAUUUGGAUCAAGUUGGAGAAAUAUGUGCUGGUGGCGAGGCAUCAAGAGAUGCUUGUACUCAAGAUGGAGGGUCACCCUUGGUGUGUCCAGAUUCAACUGGCAAAUUAAACGUGGCAGGUUUAGUGAUAUGGGGUAAGAACUGUGGACAACCAGGUGUCUUUGGAGUUUAUGUCAAUGUGCCCUACUACAGUAACUGGAUUGAUACUACUUUAGAAGGCUUAAGAGCGAAGUAUAACAAAUAA